AGAGCCCGUUCGCAUCGCAAUACUCUGCCCUGGGUAUGGGCUUGAUCAGCUGAAUAACUAGUCAUGUGAAAUAAGUGGGUUAGGUUACAACUUAGAAGCUUUGGGAAAGAAAUCGGAAGAUGUUGAUGCAAACCUCAGCAAUAUUUUCAUCAAAGCCUGCGUGGGUGAAAGCAGUACACCGCACAUCCUCCACCGAUUCCAAUUCCAUGGCUGCUACCGUCCCCGCCCCCAAGUGGGCUCAGAAGACCGUAACUCUUCCUCCCCUUCGGCGGGGCUGCCAUCUCGUUACGUCUCAGAUAUUGAAGGAAAUUAGACCAGAUUUAUCAGAAUUUAAGUGUGGCCUUGCUCAUCUAUUCCUGCAACACACGAGUGCUUCUCUUACUAUCAAUGAAAAUUAUGACUCGGACGUUCGUGACGACACCGAGACGUUCCUCAACAAAAUAGUUCCUGAGGGAAGAUCUGCGCCUUGGAAGCAUACGCUUGAAGGCCCUGAUGACAUGCCAGCCCAUAUCAAAUCAUCAAUGUUUGGCUGCGCCCUCACGAUUCCCAUUACAGAUGGACGUCUUAACAUGGGAACUUGGCAGGGGAUUUGGCUUUGUGAGCAUCGCGAUGCACCAACAGCUCGUAGGGUGGUGGUGACCCUCAAUGGCAUCUGAGGUACUAUAUACAGAUGCUCUGUUUCCCUCAUCUGUGUAAUGGUAUUGUGCUUAAGAUGGUCUCGUAAUGAGAUUUGAUGGGAUACAUCAAUAUGAGUUCGAACUCUAUAAACUAGUCAGUGUCUUUUGUCGAAAUAACAUUUACAGCAAGAUGCUAUGGCAUGAUUAUAGUUAGUUUUGAUCAA